AAGAGGAGAUGGUUUGUGCUACGCAGCGGCCGUUUAACAGGAGAUCCAGAUGUAUUGGAAUACUACAAAAAUGACCAUGCCAAGAAGCCUAUCCGUAUUAUUGACUUAAAUUUGUGUCAACAAGUGGAUGCUGGAUUAACGUUCAACAAAAAAGAGUUUGAAAACAGUUAUAUUUUUGAUAUCAACACUAUAGACAGAGUUUUCUAUUUGGUAGCAGACAGCGAGGAGGAGAUGAAUAAGUGGGUUCGAUGUAUCUGUGAUAUCUGUGGGUUCAACCCUACAGAUGAGGAUGCUGUGAAGCCACCAGUCGGUUCUUUACAACCAUCUGCUGAUUUACCCUUGCCCAUCAACACUUCACCACCUUCCAUGCAAGCAGAAUCUUCCCUACCUCCUCCUUACCAGCUUAUUAACAUCCCUCCACUGGAGUCUUCCUCUGGUCAAGAAGAUCCUCAAGACUACCUACUCCUAAUAAACUGUCAAAGUAAAAAACCCGAACCUAUGAGAUCUCAUGCUGACUCGGCAAAAUCCAGCUCUUCUGAAACAGACUGCAAUGAUAACGUGCCCUCCCACAAAAAUCCUGCUCCAUCAGCGAGCAAGCAUGCUGUGAACGGUUUUUUUCAGCAGCAAGGUGUCUAUGACUCUCCACCUUCUCGUACUGGACAGACACUGGCAGACUGCAGCCUUUAUAACCUUCCUAGGAGUUACUCACAGGAUGUUUUACCGAAGGCAGCAUCUCCAUCUGGGACUGAUGCAGAAGGAGAGCAACAUGUUUUCAGUACCCCGUCAACAUCAUCUUCAUUAGACGCACAGAUGAGACACAUCUCCAUUAGCUAUGACAUUCCCCCCACACCUGGAGGUACUUACCAGAUUCCACGAACUUUUCCAGAGGGAACGUUGUCUCAGACUUCAAAACUGGAGACUAUUCCAGAUAUUCCUCCACCUCGGCCACCAAAACCUCACCACGCUGCAGAUCGGUCUCCCGUGGAAACAUGUAGCAUUAGUCGCACUGCUUCAGACACUGAUAACAGUAAGUAACAACAGACUCCUGGAUGCCUGGUGCCAAGUGACAGCAACAGGGAUGAUAAAUAGCCACUUUCUCUUCUUGUUUCUUUAGAAAUUAGUUCUCAAGACUGUUAUGAUAUUCCACGAACGUUUCCGAAUGACAGAUCUAAUUCAUUGGAGGGCUUCCAUAACCACUUUAAAAACAGAAGCAUGUUGACAGUGGGAAGUGUUUCAAGUGAAGAACUAGAUGAAAAUUAUGUCCCAAUGAAUCCCAACUCUCCUCCACGACAGCAUUCCAGCAGCUUCACUGAACCCAUCCAAGAAACAAACUAUGUACCAAUGACACCAGGCACGUUUGAUUUUCCGUUAUUUGGAAAGCAAGUCCCUCCUCCUGCUCACAUGGGUUUCAGGUCCAGUCCAAAGACUCCUCCCAGACGGUCAGUACCUGCUGCAGAAUGUGAGCCACCGCCAGUGGAUCGGAACCUCAAACCAGACAGAAAAGGAUUUCUGUUGAAGAUCACAGCGGCUUCUCUAAAGAUGGUGUUACCGCAGACGUCAGGUGUGUUGGCGAUAAGACCUCCAGGUCAAAGUCCUAAAAUUUUAAGACCUAAACCACAUGGUUUAGAGCGAACUGAUUCACAAACCAUAGGUGACUUUACUACAAGAAGAAAGGCAAAACCAGCUCCACUAGAAAUAAAACCUCUGCCUGAAUGGGAAGAAUUACAAGCCCCAGUUAGAUCCCCUAUCACCAGAAGCUUUGCGCGAGACUCCUCCAGGUUUCCCAUGUCUCCCAGACCGGAUUCAGUUCAUAGCACAACUUCCAGCAGUGACUCACACGACAGUGAAGAGAAUUAUGUAUCCAUGAAUCCAAAUCAGUCCACUGAAGACCCAAAUUUGUUCGGAAGCAACAGUCUUGAUGGAGGAAGCAGCCCUAUGGUAAAACCUAAAGGAGAUAAACAAGUAGAGUAUUUAGAUCUGGACCUAGAUUCGGGAAAAUCUACCCCACCUCGUAAGAAAAAGAGCAGUGGUUCAGGCAGCAGCGUGGCAGAUGAAAGAGUUGAUUACGUUGUGGUUGACCAGCAGAAAACACUAGCACUGAAGAGCACUCGAGAGGCAUGGACUGAUGGGAGACAGUCUACAGAAUCUGAAACGCCUACGAAAAGCGUGAAAUGAAAAUACUGCUUUUGCUGCAAAGAACAGAAAAGAGUGAAUUUUGAAGAAUUACAGAACCACAGUGGCAGUGUUGUUCGACUGUACAGUACCUGAUUCACUGGUGUGUGAAUAGGUUCUUGACCGAAUAGGAUGGAAGGGAAUGGACACUUCGAAUACAUCGACGGAAUUUUAAGAUCGUAGAUUGGGCUCUGUGGUCUCUGGAAAAAUUGCAACCUGUAAAUAACAUGUAAAAUAGUAUCGCUUAGCUUUCAGAAAACCUUUUGUUCUGUAGUUAACACAUUUGUAGUAUUACUAUGUUUAUGCACUUUUUCAGUUACCACGUUGGUUCAGGUAUUCCCAGUUAGCAUACCUUAAUGCCUAAUUUCAUCUGGAGAUUUUUUUUGUUUUUCCUUACACUACUAUUCCUUACAAUUUUAGGUUAAUUAAGCUACAUGUAGAUAUGGAAAUUAAUAUUUGAACUUCAUUUUAACAACUUAAAAUUGAUUUUGCAGAAAUACUUUCACAAUUGAAUAAUCUACUUGAAAUGCCAAGAGACGGCCGUUAGUUACAUACUUGUUUAUAUUUAAUACACGCAAGAUUAUGUGGAAGUCUACAGGUUACCUUCCUAACAAAAAUUGCUGUGAGUUAAUAAUAAUGAACUGUACUGGGUUUAGACCUACAAUCCUGGCUUCUAUGUUAGUUGUUAGUGGUGGAACUUCUAUUGUAUUUUAUUAAUGACAGUGUUCUGUGUUCAAUGGGUGAAGAUUCUGCAGGGUGGGAUCUUACACUUUUAAAGACUGAGUAAUUAAAUAUCAAGUAAGCCUGCAAACCACUGAUGGCAUGCAGUAAUAUUGUGAUCUCACACUUAUUAACAUGAAAUAACCUUUAUAUUAUUUACAGAAGGUAGAGUAUAUAAAUCAGGUACGUACCAAGCACUAUUGUGCUAACAUACUGAUCAGGUUUAGACAAUGAGCUUUAGUUUUGUACUAUUUAGAAGUUCUAAUGUCAGUUUUCAGUUCAAGAUUAAUGGGACAGUUUGACAUUCACUGUUUGUAGUACUAGCAAAAUACUGUGAUUUUGAAUUAGACAUUAAUUCAAAUGGAAAUACUAUGUUUUGACACCAUAGUGCCCUUCUUAUGAUCUCUAUUUUACUUUAACCUCCUGCUUGGCCUUAUAUUUAAAUCCCUAUGCAACUGAUAUUUUAUAUCUCUGUUUUUAAAAAUUAGAUAAUAUACUUAAAUGAUCCCCUUGUAAACCACUUGUUGCUCUUUCCUGGUACAGGAUUUUAAGCUCUGUAUACUGUGAUCCUUUAUUUUACUAUGCCAGUUCCAAAUAAUAAUCUGCCUUGGUUUA